AUGAGCUUCCGCAAUGUCAUUCGCUUCGAUGCACAGGUGAUGGUUCGGAAAAGAGAGAUCAAGACUGGCUACUGUCCGCUAGCGAUGGUUCGCUGUGCUCGCGCGCCAUGCCGUCUUUGCUCCAUACGAUGGAAAAUGAGCAAGCAGACAGGAGAUCAAAAGAUCGAUGCUCCAAGUGAGCUAGUCUUUGGGGAUUUGGCACUUUGCACAUUCGAGCCAUUGAAGCCUUUUCUGUGUGACUCCAGCACAGGGCAGUCAGUGUCCUUUUCCCGAAUUAUUUUCCUGGAUGGUCAUCAAGAUGUCUUGCUCGGCAGGAUCGUUCACUGUGAGCGCAAAGGAGAAUAUGCUGACAAAGGGGGCAAGAAGAAGUGA